GGAAUGGUGAUCUGGCUAAAUGCGCACACAGCUAAAGACGCACAUCCUCUUCCGCACCAGGCGGAUGCGCUUGCAGCUUUGGGUGGUAACACAUUCUUUUCCACAAUGGACUUAACAUCAGGACUUUAGAGUAUACCGUUAACACACGCUGGCUGGCGUGUCUGUCGCUGCUUUCUGAUGUUUUUUGCCCUGGCUUCGCUUCCCUCUCUGGAUUAACCUCUGUGGACAUCGUGCCUUUCUACUCCCGGUUUCUGUGGAUUAUAUUUUAUCAACAACUAAGCCGAAUUUUUGGUGUUCCCUCGUAAUCCUUUUCCUGUCCCUCAUUGACCCAUCGCGAGCCUUGAUCCCCUCAUUUCCCCCAGUUUGUUGUGUAUCGACCCGUAGGUAAGUUUUCACUUUCUCUCUGGUCUGUUACCGGUUUACUCUGUUUUGGGUUUUAAAGGUCUGGGGCAUUCUUAUUCGGUCUGCCCUUUUCCUACCCAAUAGGGUGGUUCUGGGUGGUUUUUGUGUGGUGUUCGGGCUAACGCAUUUUCUAACAUGGUCAUGUAGUAGGGACAGAAAAGAUGCGUUGUUUUUGGCUUAGCGUUUUCUCCACUGUCGUGGGUUGGGGAUUGCCCGUCGCCGACACUAUGUUCAUCGCGGUUUAUGUCGCAAAUUUUGUACUGCCAGUCGUCCUCGUACCUUUGCUGAUGAUCAAAUACCAGUUGUUUGGUCUCCUGUCCACUUCUCCCGUGCCAGGUUAGAUACUGGAGUUAACUCUGGCAACCUUCUCUCUCUGGAAUAUUCACCAAUACACCCUCCACCUAGACUCAUCUCAGAUCUUUCUCGGAGUCUGGACCGUCCUGUUAAAUUUGGGCUAAUAAAUGUUAGAUCUGUGUCCAACAAAUCAUUCAUCUUAAAUGACUUUUGCACUACUCAUGACUUGGAUUUUUUAUUAAUGACAGAAACAUGGCUUAGUCUUGGUGAUACUACAGCACUGAUGGAACUCUCUCCUCCUGACUAUUCAUUUUUUAACUCUCCUAGAACUGCUGGCCGUGGAGGUGGAAUUGCAACAAUUUUCAGGAACUGUUUUAAGUGCAAACGCUUGCCUGAUGAAAUUUUCCAUAGUUUCGAGGUGCAGUUGUUCAAGGUUGAUUUUCCCACGUCCUUGCUCUGUGCCCUGGUUUACAGACCUCUGAAAUAUAAUAAGGACUUCAUCCAAGAAUUUUCCGACUUUUUGGCUUCUCUAGUAUCACGUUCUGAUAGUCUUUUAAUUGUGGGUGAUUUUAAUAUUCAUGUCUGUUGUCACUCAAAACCUCUGGUCAAAGAGUUUUCAUGUCUUAUGGACUCCCUUAAUUUUAUACAAUCUGUCACUGGACCUACACAUCAGAAGGGUCACACGUUGGACCUAGUGUUUUCACGUGGGUUUCCUGUGAAUAAUUUGGAUUUAUGUGAUGCUGUUAUCUCUGAUCACUGUCCAGUUAUUUUUGACUCUGUAUUGUCAUGUACUCUGCCUAAAUCUUAUCAUCCUCCUCGUUAUUUUAGAUGUUUUAAUUCUUCUACUGCCAAGUCCUUCAAUGAUGUGUAUAUAUCUACCCUAAUUCCAACUGCUGUGAAUGUUCUAUCCUCUAGUGUCCAUCCUGAUGAAUUAGUUGAACUUCUUAAUAGUACCUGCACUUCCACCUUGGACUCUGUUGCUCCCUUAAGGUUACAGAGAUCCAAGAUGAUGAAAAAAGCACAGCCAUGGCUUCAGGGGCCCGUUCGUGCCAUUAGACAAGAGUGUAGGCGUGCUGAGCGCAGUUGGAAGAAAAAUAAACUUCAGAUAUCAUACGAAAUUUUCAGAGAUUGUCUUAAACGGUAUCAGAGUGCCGCUAAGGAAGCUCAGGGGAAAUACAUGUCAGAUAUAAUUGCACAAAAUGCAGAUAGGCCGAAGAUACUCUUCAAUACAAUUAAUGCCUUUUUAAAUCCUGUUCCUAGUGCUUCAUUAGAAUUCUCUACUGAUUUGUGCGAACAGUUUUUAAAACAUUUUAUCCAUAAAGUCGAGGGUAUCAGGUCUAACAUACCAUUUCAAAAUUCUUUGCCUCUAGAAAUGGUUUCUCAUCGGAGCUCUCUAUCUCUUUUUCAACCCAUGUCACCUUCACAGCUCUAUGAUAUUGUUCUUAGUAUGAAGCCCUCAUUUUGUCACUCCGAUGUUCUGCCUUCGCAGAUUUUCAAAGAGGUUUUUCCAGCCUUAAGUCCAGUUGUUACUGCUAUUAUCAACAACUCCUUAACAAAUGGAAUUGUACCAGCCUCUUUUAAACAUGCUAUAGUCCAACCACUGUUAAAAAAGCAUCAUCUUGAUCAGCAUAAUCUGAAUAAUUAUAGACCCAUAUCUAAAUUAUCUUUCAUCUCAAAAGUUUUGGAAAAAAUCUCUUCGGUCAUCUAG